AAAAAAAAUAGUUGACAUGCUAACAGUCACGAAGAUGUGUCAUGUUUUGUCUGUUCGUGCGGUGUUUUCGAUCUCGAGAAAAAAAAGGGAAUCGAUUGGAUAACCAACAAAGCUUUGUCAGCGUUCGGAAUUCCUCUCGGGUUGUGCAAUAUCAAUACAUCAAAAUGACACAAAAUUAACAUGUGUCAUCUCCUUGAAAAGAGGGAAGACUUGCUUUAUAUUCAUUAUUGUCUGUAUGUGUUACAUGGAAACUAAGGUAAGAACGCGUUUAACAAUGAAAAUGUCCGACGCGUAUAUAAAAAUAUUUUUCUUCUCUCCUCUUGUGUAUCGUUAUCCUCUUUUUUUUUCUUUUAUAAAAACUAUGGCAACUCUCAGUUCUUUUGGCUUCAAAAAAGGUGUCCAAUGUAGCGCACCAAUCGAUAAAAUCGAACACAGACAUCCAUUUAUCAGUCCAGCCAUGGCACCUAUUCAAAAGAAACAGAUACUGCCAAAACCAUCAAACAAGAAGAGUAUUAAACAUUAUUUCUUGCCCAUACAACAUAAGCCAGAAGAACAAGAACAAGAGGAAGAAGCUAUUAUUUGUGUUGUGCGCAAAAAACUACCUAUUUCAACUAUGUGGGACAUGAUCCAAGCUGAAUGCGAGCAACAAGAGCUCCUUCUUGUGCCGUCCAUUCAUUCGAGUCGGCACAAACGAGCCCAUAGUAAUGUGGAUAGCCAGCAUGAUAAAAACAAGAAGAAGAAAAGAACAGACCAAAGUGAGAUGACGUCUAUUAUGCAGCGAUUCUUACAUAUGUAAUUUAUUUAUAAUAAACAUUUAAAAUACAA